UUCACCUUCGUUUUCCGACAAGAACUUCUUAAUUUUCCAGAGAAAGGAUUUUUUUUUCUUUUUGUUCAAAUCGAAGUUUCGUUCCUGUGAUCAACGACACUAUCAUUCAACCGUUGUCGGAGCUCCACCGUUCUCUUUUAUCUUUUCAGUUUCCGGCGAUCUUUACUAGUCUCCAGUCGUGACUCCACCGGUUACUAGAAUUUCAGACAAAAAAAAGAGGAAGUGAUUCUGUUUUGACAUACACCAAUUCCCGGUUUCGUCAAAUCAUCAGUCUAAUUUAUUCCGGCGAACUGGAAUCGACUUCACCGGCGACUUUCUUAUCUUACCGGAAAUGAAGUUUAUGGAAUUAGGGUUUCGGCCUGACACAUUCUACACUGUGGAAGCAGUAAGGUCUGUAUCUUCUGAUUUACAAAAUGAUCUUAUAAUCCAAGUCAAAUCCACUAAAUACCUUCUUCACAAGUUUCCAAUGUUAUCAAAAUGCUUGCGUUUAAAGAACUUAGUCUCAUCACAAUCACAAGAACCCGAAACCUCACAAGACCAGAAAGUGAUCCAACUCCUUGACUUCCCAGGCGAAACAGAGGCUUUUGAGCUCUGUGCUAAGUUCUGUUACGGCAUCACUAUCACUCUCAGCGCUCACAACGUAGUCUCCGUACGCUGUGCAGCUGAGUAUCUCGGCAUGACCGAAGAAGUCGAGCCUGGAGAGACAGAGAAUCUCGUCCAAAGACUCGAGCAUUUCUUGACUUCUUGCGUCUUCAAGAGCUGGAGAGACUCUUUCAUCGCUCUUCAGACCACGAAGGCUUUACCUUCGUGGUCUGAAGAUCUUGGCAUCACUAGCCGUUGCAUCGAGGCGAUUGCAAACGGUGUGAAUGCCUCUCCUAAUGAUGAUUUUUCUAACCAAAUGGAGACGGGUUUGUCGAGAAACCGGUCGAGGAGAAGAAGGGAUGAGAGUUUGUGUAAUGGUAAGGCAGAGAACUCACGUUGGUGGGGUGAAGAUUUAGCUGAUUUGGAUUUAGAUCUUUACAAGAGAACAAUGAUGGCGAUAACAAACAAGAACGUGUCUCCGAGAUUAAUCGGUAAUGCUCUUAGAAUCUAUGCAUCUAAAUGGUUACCAAACAUUGAAGAAUGUUCACCGGUUUUGGAAUCGGUUAUCUCCCUUCUACCAACGGAAAGAUCAGCUGUUCCUUGUAGCUUCUUGCUUCAGCUACUUAAAACGGUUAACGUUAUGAACGUUUCGCCUACUUCGAAGAUGGAACUCGCGGUAAAAGCCGGGAACCAACUUGAUAAGGCAACGGUAAGCGAGCUGUUGAUACCUUUGUCGGAUAAGUCAGGUAUGUUAUACGAUGUGGAUGUUGUGACGAUGAUGGUGAAGCAGUUUCUGUCUCAGAUUAGACCAAUAAGAGCACAACACAGAAGGUCUCGUUCAGAAGAAGAGAUACAAGAGAUCAGAGAAUCUCUGUCUUCUUCUUCUUCUCCUCCACUGUUGGUUAAAGUAGCGAAGCUUGUUGAUUCUUAUCUUCAAGAGGUUGCUAGAGAUGUGAACUUAACCGUGUCGAAUUUCGUUGAGUUGGCUGAAUCUAUACCGGAUGUUUCAAGGAUUAGUCACGAUGAUUUGUACAAAGCGAUUGAUAUCUAUCUUCAGGUUCAUCAGAAGAUUGAUAAGACUGAGAGAAAGAGGUUAUGCAGAAUCUUGGACUGCAAGAAACUAUCAGUAGAAGCAAGCAAGAGCGCUGCACAGAACCAGCUGCUUCCAUUGAGAGUAAUUGUGCAAAUCCUCUUUGUUGAGCAAGCACGAGCCGCGAUAGCUACAACUACAAACAAUAUCACCAAGAAUGAAACAACAGUUUUGAGAAGAAGUUUUACAACAAGAAGAGAAGAAGAAGAAGAAGAUGAUGGUGUAGAAAGAGUUGAAAUUAAACCUAAUGGAGGAUUUCAUAGCACUCCUUCAAGGUUUAUGGCUUUAUGUACAAUGCCGAGGCAACCUAAGAAGAUGUUUUGUAAGUUGUUGUCGAUCAGUAGGAGUUUAAGCCAACGGAUUUAAAAAGAUGGUGGGAGAUUUUUUUUGUUCGACUGGUUUCUUGUGCCUGAAGUCAAGUGUUUUUCAUUGUCUAUUUGAAGCUUUUUGAUUUCUGGAAAAUUCAUUUCUCAUACCAAAUUGUAUGACCGAAUAAUAAAGAAAUGUGUACAUCUUUUUAUUAAUUAAAAGAGAGAAAUAUUUG